CUUUUUUGAACGCUGGAACGCACGGUGGGGCGGGUGGGAAGACGGCAGAGACGAUGUGGCCUGCCGUUUGUUUGUGCGGGCUGCUGGCACCGCUUGUGGAGUCGAGAUCUUUCACUCGAACACCGUCAGCAUUCGUCCCCCUCUCCCCUCCCUCUCGCCCCGCCUCACCACCACCAGCCUCCCCCCUUGCCCCCCUCUACCCCUCCCCGUCUGCAUCUCCCUCUGCAUCUGCACGCCCGCCACGGCACCCCACCGGCGUCGAAGGCAGGAGCACUCUGCGGAUGGGCAUGCCGACGGUGACGAUUCCGCGUACGAUGCGUCCUCCGAAGGUGCCGCGUGACUACGAGAGGCUGCUGGAGAGCCGCAGCCCCGAGGACAUCAACUACAACACGCGUCUGAGGGACCGUGACGACGUGGACAUAUACCAGAUCGACCACCUCUACGGCCGCAUCACCGACAAGGACGUGCUGCUCAAGAACAUGGAGUAUCUCAUGUUCCAGGACGACUUCCGCUCCGUCUACCGGCUGCUCAGAGACAACCCAGACGUCUUCACCAAGGAGGAGGCCUCGCGCAUUCUACACAACUGCGUCAGGCUCAUCCCCGUCUACCCCGUGCGGGCAGACAGCGGGCUGCUGGACAAGCGGGCGGCUUUUGAAUUCGCCAAGCGCUUCAGUGCCGUCUGGGACGGUCUCUGGGAACACGGCGCUCUGAAGCCAAGGCACCUUGCCAAGAACAGAUGGAAGAUGAAGAGAAAGGUCAGUCAGCCCGAGGGAGGGAGGCAGGGAGGGAGGCACGAGCUUAGCCAUGGGUGGAUGCGUCAUUGUGUGUGUUCCUUGGUUGGUGGCUUCGUUGUUCGCUGGUUGGUUGGUUGGUUUGUUUGUUCAGCAAAAGCUCGAUGAAGUGUCGCCUUACCUGUCUGAGCCGCGUCGCCCUGACCCCGCCAUCCGCGACAAGGCCAACAAGGACUUCACCGACGCACUUGCCGCCAAGGACGUCGAGAAGGCUUGCCUCGCACUCAGGAAAUACACGAGGUCAGCCACAAGACAGAGUCAGAGAAAGAGUUUCGCACGAGCAUAUAUGGGUGAGGUGACAUGUGCGGUGUGCCGCGGUGUGGUGUGGUGUGGUGUGGUGCGGUGUGUCAUGUCAGGUAUAUCGCGAUGGAUGCCGAGAAGCUGAACCGUUACUUGAAUCUGUUCCAAGACAUCCACAGCGGUGAGGAGCGUGACGAGAAGAGGGAGGCGUACCUGCGGAAGGUCUGGUGGACCACCACACGCAAGAGCAAGGUCCUCAUCAAACUCAUGGAGCCAUUCGGCGAGGAGGGCGCCGAGGAGGCCAGGGAAGACUUCGACAAACAAAUGGACAUCUGGAAGUGAGAGAUUAACCAAUCCACACACCCACACAAACACCCCCAUCACCACCUCUCUGUGCUUGUCGAUUCGAUCAGGGCUGAACAGUGGCAGAAGAACGUCGACAAGUGGCUGGAGAAGGGCAUCGACGUGCGCAAGUUCAACCGCGACUUCAGCAAUGCGGUGCCGAUGGACGCCGUGCCGGUGGUGGACGACCCCUACACAUUCGACCUCGACGCAUACUGGGAGCAGCUCGAGAGGGAGGGACGCCUGCCAAAGGUCAACCUGGACCACGAGGUCGUCGGCGAGGUGGCAGACGAUGCCGCAAUAGCUGAGGAAGAGGUCAGCCACAGCUCAGCUGCUUGUGGGUCUUCAUCGAUUGCCUCUGAGGUCCGUGCGUGUGCAUGUGUCUGUUGCAGGCCGCCAUCGAAGAGGGAGAUGCGAGUGGGGCCACUGAAGCCAGCUGAGCUUGAGUGUGUAGAGCCGCAGAGCACGACACAGGCGGGCGGCGCGUGGGUCUGCCUCCUUUCUGUCCCUUUGAGCAAGUGACGGCGCGUGUGCGCGUGUGUUGGUCUCAAUGAGACGGCGGGCAGAGACAUUCGCGUGUCUGCCUGCCCGUGUGUGGUUUGAGAACGAAGAGUCCGUUCAUGGGCUGGCUUAGCUUUGUGAC